AUGCAUCUCUUGCAAGGAAUUAAAAUCAGAAUAUCGACAAUAAAACCCCAUAAAGCUAGAGGGAAAAUUGGCGCGGAUAAUUCGUGUAUCAUAAAGAAAUUUGUUAUGGACUCGAGAAGACAUAAACCUGUACAGGAAACUGAAGAAAGAGAAAUGAUGAUUCCUCAACUACGAUUAGUCUCAAAAAGAAAUCGUCACUUUACUUUAAAAUGCAAGAAUUAA